ACCACCUCUAGCGCUGGAAUUCUUCCCUUUUCGGCCUCAUUUGGCUACACCUCUCUAUAAGGUUUCUAUAAGGUUUCUCUUUUCUCUCUGUAUAAUGGAAUAUUUCUUCAUUAUAACGCUAUUCUUCCAGCCCAACGAACACCUGAUUUGGAUCCACUCACAUAUAAAUAUCCUAAUCUAUCUUCAACUGCCUCUUUCUUUUUUUGCCCACCUAUCGUUCUUCUCUUUUUUCUUCUCCCUCUCCUGUUUUUACUCCACGUCUCACUUGUUCCACCUACCAUGUUCUUUCUCUCCUCAACAUCAACCAGUUCUGAAUCCGCCGAGUCGCCAACUGCCAACAACAAUUUCAUAUACACCAUUGACUAUUACGACCAAAUCACCGAAGAUUUCAGUGUUUACGAGAAAGAACUAUAUUCAAGCGAUUUAAAGGUCGACAAUGCCUAUUAUAUGAUCCAAGAGUGCGAAAGUAUACAAGAGAUGAGUGAGUUUUUAGAUCAAGUAAAAAUCAUCAAUUCUGACGACAUUGAGGAUGAGCCUAUCACUUUGAAUGAAAAAUCUAACGACAGCAUUACCUCCCAACAGAAUCUAUAAAUAUUUCGAUUUAAAAGAAUCCAAUUUCAAUAAUUCAAAUCAAUAUCCUUCAUUUG